GCCUCGGCGGGGGGAAGACUACACAGACGGGACCAAGAUGGCGGCGCCCAGCGCUGCUGCCCCGGAGAGCGAGGAGGGGCCCGGGGGUAAACCGAAGUCCCCAGCCGUCACCCCGCAGAAGAUCCGGGAGCUGAUAGACGGGGGCAUCGCCCCGGAGGAGCCCGGCCUGGAGGGAAAGGACACAUCUGCAUUAUCAGAAUCAACUAAUGGCUCUUCGCAAACAGAUGCUCUUCCUUUUGAGACAACUAGUAAAGAAGCCUUCUUCAGCAGAGUAGAAACGUUUACUUCUUUGAAGUGGGCAGGCAAACCUCAUGAGCUGUCCCCCCUGAUAUGUGCCAAAUAUGGAUGGACCAAUAUAGAGAGUGACAUGCUGAAGUGCUCCAGCUGCCAGGCCUUCCUCUGUGCAAGUUUGCAGCUGGCAUUUGACUUCAACAAGUACAAGGAGAGGUGUGCGGUGCUGAAGAAAGCUUUGUGUACUGCCCAUGAGAAGUUCUGUUUCUGGCCAGACAGCCCCUGCCCAGAUCGCUUUGCUGUUUUACUGGUUGGCGAGCCCAUAGCCCUUGUCAGUGACUUCCUGGAUCGCUUUCAAAGCCUGUGUCAGCUAGAACUUCAGCUGCCCUCCCUGAAACCAGAGGAUCUGAAAAAUAUGUCCUUGACAGAAGAUAAAAUCAGCCUUCUCCUGCAUCUGAUCGAGGAGGAACUCGAGUGCAAAACCGAAGGGGAGAAAACACCAAUGAAAUUGGGCUCUGACCUCUUUCAAGUACAUGUCCCCGCCUGCAUCCUGGCCCUCUGCGGCUGGGCUUACAGCCCUUCGUCAGGGUCCAUGCACCUCCCGGUGAUCACGUGUUCCCGCUGCAUGAGGAAGGUGGGGCUGUGGGGUUUCCAUCAGAUUGAGUCUUCCAUGCUCGAAUUGGACUCUUCCUUUGGAUUCAGCAGCACUCCCACCACGCCCACAGAGGCACGCUCGGACCGAGCCCCACUGGUGCCCACGUCUCCCCACAGGAUGAUCACGAGAAGCCAGGACACGUUUCCUCCGGGCUCGGAGCAGCACGAGAAGAGCCCAUCCCCCGUGACAGCCCGUAUGCGGAGCUGGGAUGGCUCGAGCCCCAUGGACCGGGCCGAGCCGGAGGCAUCAAGCCCGUCGCCGAGGAGCCGCCCGGUGACCCGCAGCAUGGGGCAGGGGGACAGCGUGGAGGUGCCAUCCAGCCCUCACAGGAGAGCCAAGCGGGCGCGCCUCUGCUCUUCCAGUAGUUCGGACACUUCCACCAGAAGCUUCUUCGAUCCCAGCUCUCAACACCGCGACUGGUGCCCUUGGGUCAACCCAGUGCAGGAGAAGGCCGUCUCAGAGGACACCGGCGACCAGUCGGAGCUGACAUCUGGGAAGGCGGAGCCUGGCUGGCGGGUGGUGCUGAAUGUUCUCCUGGCCGCCAGGAAAUCAAACAGAGCAGCUGACGCAGAGCUUGUGAGCAUCUCGGUAAAAUCCUGCAAGGUGUUCCGGAUCUUCCGGCAGUGGGAAGCCACGUGCUCCUCCUGAAGACCCCCGGCCAGGGAACGCCUGCCAGGCGGGCUGCAUGGGACAUUGGGUUGGAUUAGAGAGCUGUUUGCAGUUGCUUGCCAGGCAGCUCCUGGAGCCGCUCCUCCAGGCCCGGCGAGCAACGGGAGCCCUUUCCUGGGGGAUGUAGGUAAUUUGGGGGUGCCCAAAGCACGGUGUGAAGGCCACACUCGGCCCUGGCUGUAAACCGCACCCACUGCAGCUCUCAGAGCCGUUGGCUUGGGGCAGCCCCCCGCCGGCUCUGCCUUUUCCCCCACCUCCAACCAGAGCAGGCUCCAGGCGGGGAGGAUCUUUUCUGCCAAGGAACUACGUCCAUUUCAUAGAUUAGUGCAGCAGACGGGCCGAGGCCUGUCCCUCACUGCACACCAUACAGGGGCCUAUGAGCCAGGGCCCUGCUGGCUUGGGGAUGUGAUGACAGGUAGUAAUAAAAUCUUUCACUGUUGUUUUA